CUUUUUCUUAUUGCGGUUUACAUUUGUCCAACUGAUGGAAAGAAAAUAAAAGAAUCGACCGGAUGAACCGGACAUUUUCUCUAGGGAAGAACUCUGUGUGUGUAUGUGUGUACAAAUAAAUAGUCUUUCACGAGACAAAAAUAACUCGGCAAUAAAUUGUUGCUCGGGAUUGGCCAUUGACAAGUCUACACACACACAUUGUCGAUUUAAAAUAGAGAUCUCAACCAAGCGACAUUUUAUUUUUAUCUUUAAAAAAUAAAAAUAAACAGUAAGGUUUCCACGAAAGUACAGUUAAUAAGAAGUUUUUCCCAUCAUGCGAGAGACUAUUUGUUCAAAUUCGUGUUGGUAGAAAUCGCAAACUCAACAGCGGAGUCAGUGUGGUUUAGUUUCUUCUCCGUGAAUAUUCGUGAAUAACAUUUAUAGCAUAUAGGAUGAUUCGCCUACCUCGAAGAUUAUCAUUUUUAUCGCUUGUGGUGGGUUUGGUGUUUGGACUUUGUUUGAUCUCGUUCGUCAAUCAAUCCCUUCAAUUAAUAUAUUAUGAAAAUAACGGUGACAUUGGCCUUGACGUAACGAAUGGAACAGACGAAAUUAUUCUAGGUGGCAGAGGGAAAGAGCUUUACGACAGAGUACGUGUUUUGUGCUGGGUUAUGACGUCACCAGAGAAUCACAAAACAAAAGCGUUGGCAGUCAAAGAAACGUGGGGGAAACGGUGUAACAUUCUCUUAUUCAUGAGCUCCGGAAAUGAUUCCAAAUUGCCGUCAGUUCAGUUGGCAGUGAACGAAGGUCGAAACGGACUCUGGGGAAAGACGCGGGAGGCUUUCCGCUACGCCUGGGAUCGAUACCAAGACGAAGUUGAUUGGUUCCUCAAAGCGGAUGACGACACGUAUGUGAUUGUUGAGAACUUGCGCUACUUUCUGUCGGCGUUCAACACUUCAGAACCUUUGUGGUUUGGUCACAAGUACAAAGCGAUUGUUAAAAAAGGAUAUUUCAGUGGAGGGGCUGGCUAUGUUCUGAGUAAAGAAGCGACUAGGAGAUUUGUCAAAGAAGGAUAUUUCAACGCAUUGAUUUGUCGGCAUGACCAUCAAGGAGCAGAAGAUGCUGAAAUGGGGAAAUGUAUGGAAAACCUGAACGUCUCGACUAUGGAUACCCGGGAUUCCAAAGGAAGAGGAAGGUUCUUCCCUUUUGUGCCCGACAGCGUCUACUUUCCCGGUAAAAUCACGACGAAUUAUUGGUAUUGGAAAAAUAUUUAUUACCCUCCAACAAAGGGUCGCGAUUGUUGCUCGGACAGCACCAUAUCUUUUCACUAUGUCAACGUCAAGAUGAUGCGAAUGCUCGACUUCUUCUUUUAUCACAUUCGUCCGUUUGGAAUCGACGAUCAACGGCCAGCUACUCCCGGACCGCCACCAGAUUUGAAUUUGACUGCCACUCCUUGGUUCGCUCCCAAAGAAACCACAGCUGCUGGAAAAACAACGAAUCAAACACUUUCAAACACCAGCACCGCUGUAAUAGCGAGCGCAAAUGUUAACAACAUUACAACCACAACGAGUGCAUUGUUGCCAAAUGCAACAGCCAAUUCAAUGCUUCCUGCUGUUACCCAAUUAUGAGGACAAAAGCUGUGACUGCAAUAUAGUUGGCGAUGUUUUCGUCGUCACCACUAAAACAGUAAAACCAGAAAAUUGUUGGUAAGAAAUUGUUGUGCGACCAACGUUUAAUUACAUCACGACAUGCAAUUUUUUGGAAAGUCUUCAAUUAAUAUAAUUUUUGAUCUCCUCGUAAACACGCAAUUGUUUAUUUCCACUUUGACUGCUUUAU